CUGAGCCCUCGCUUCCGCCGGAAGUGACCUGCAGCCGCAAGUGCCCGUCCUCGGCUGCACGCGCGGGACCCCGCUACUUUACACUCGGUGUCCGGGGCGGACCACCACAAUGGCGGCCGCCACCGUGCUGCGCGCGACGCCCCGCUUUAGCGGUUUCUGCGCUAGCCCGGCCCCGUUCCUGCACGGUCUCCUGCGGCCGCUGAAGACCCCGGCGCUGCCCCUCUGGUGCCGUGGCCUGGCGGUGGAGGCCAAGAAGACGUACGUGCGCGACAAGCCCCAUGUGAACGUGGGUACCAUCGGCCAUGUGGACCACGGCAAGACCACGCUGACCGCGGCGAUCACGAAGAUUCUAGCUGAGGGAGGUGGGGCAAAGUUCAAGAAAUACGAGGAGAUUGACAACGCCCCCGAGGAGCGAGCGCGGGGCAUCACCAUCAAUGCGGCCCACGUGGAGUACAGCACUGCUACCCGCCACUAUGCCCACACAGACUGCCCAGGUCACGCAGAUUACGUGAAGAAUAUGAUCACAGGCACUGCGCCCUUGGACGGCUGCAUCCUGGUGGUGGCAGCCAAUGACGGCCCCAUGCCCCAGACCCGAGAGCACUUACUGCUGGCCCGACAGAUUGGCGUAGAGCACGUCGUGGUGUACGUGAACAAGGCGGAUAGUGUCCAGGACGCCGAGAUGGUGGAGCUGGUGGAGCUGGAAAUCCGGGAGCUGCUCACCGAGUUUGGCUACAAAGGGGAGGAGACCCCUGUCAUCGUAGGCUCUGCCCUCUGCGCCCUGGAGCAACGUGACCCCGAGCUGGGCGUGAAGUCCGUGCAGAAGCUGCUGGACGCCGUGGACACGUACAUCCCGGUGCCCGUGCGGGACCUGGAGAAGCCGUUCCUGCUGCCCGUGGAGUCGGUCUACUCUAUUCCUGGCCGGGGCACCGUGGUGACCGGUACGCUGGAACGUGGCAUCUUGAAGAAGGGGGACGAGUGCGAGCUCCUGGGACACAGCAAGAACAUUCGCUCUGUGGUGACAGGCAUCGAGAUGUUCCACAAGAGCCUGGAGAGGGCGGAGGCCGGGGAUAACCUCGGGGCUCUGGUCCGAGGCCUGAAGCGGGAGGACCUGCGGCGCGGCCUGGUCAUGGUCAAGCCGGGCUCCAUCCAGCCGCACCAGAAGGUGGAGGCCCAGGUUUACGUCCUCAGCAAGGAGGAAGGCGGCCGCCACAAGCCCUUUGUGUCUCACUUCAUGCCUGUCAUGUUCUCUCUCACCUGGGACAUGGCCUGCCGGGUCCUCUUGCCUCCGGGGAAGGAGCUCGCCAUGCCCGGGGAGGAUCUGAAGCUCAGCCUUAUCUUGCGACAGCCGAUGAUCCUAGAGAAAGGCCAGCGUUUCACCCUGCGAGAUGGCAACCGGACCAUCGGUACCGGCCUCGUUACUGCCACGCUGGCCAUGACCGAGGAGGACAAGAACAUCAAGUGGAGCUGAGUCUGAAUUUCUGUUCGGGUUAUGAGUUCAGGACUGCCCUGGCCAGUCUUCCCUCCUGCUUCUGGUGCCCCCUGAGGGCACAAGCUGGUGCCAGCAGGGCGCAGCUGGAUGGACACUUCCCCUGGUCGUAGGUAGGCCAAUAAACUGUUCUGUGAAUAGUAA